CCGCUGAUACUGAAUAGUGAACAAUACAUUUGAUUAUGUUUUAAUUUCAAUUUUUUUCCUAUAUUGAUUAUUUUAAUUAACUGUAAUACUUAUACUAAUACAUAAUGUAUUAAUUGUAAAAAUAAUAACGGGACAGUUGUACGAAUCUGACACAAAACGCCUCAAUGCAAAUGCCUAUCCAACAUCGAAUUUACCAGUUACUUCUUAGGAAUCGGAAAAUCAUUGAUGCGUUAUCGAAUGUGACUUUCGGCAAAAUCAUGUCGUCUACUCAAGAUAAAUCGUUGUUUAAAAAUUCUCAAAUCGUUGUGUCGAUGAUGAAAAAUUUAGGAAUACGUGAAUGCGACGAUCAAGUUGUAAACCACCUGUUGGAAUUUAAUAACUACAGAUCCAUAUCACUCAUUUUGGAAGAAGCCAAAUCAUGUGCAACAUUUGCUAACAAGGACACAGUUGAUGUUAAUGAUAUCCAAAUGGCAAUUCAAAUGGCUAAAGAUGUCGGAUUACCCAGAUCUCCUCCGUCUAAUAAACUAGUAAAUGCAAGAAAUGUAUCAAACAAAAUAAACGCAUUGAAUUCUGCCAGUAGAUUGAGAAAACCUAAAAAAGAGUCACAUUUUUCAGCAAAAAAUUUCAAACUCAAAACUCGUACGAAUGAUGGAAUAAACGCAUGGAAGAAUAUCAUUGAAAAAACAGCUGCUGAAAUAUUGAAUGUGGCUACACAAACUAGAGCUAUGGACAAUAUUGAUAUUCUUUCACAAAAUAUUCAAAAUUUGGAUGAUUUACCUGAAUUGACAGAUUUAGAUAUUGAAGAGGUUAUUGCAAAUCAACAUAAUAAUGAAGAAGUAAUUACGCCUAAAGUCAAUAAUUUUAAUGUAGAUUCUUUAUUAAAUGACCCUUAUUCAUUAUGA